UAGUGAUAAUAUCCUGCCUCUGCUUUCCAAAUGCAAGUAAUUGUGCUUAAUUAGUCGGGGGAAAAAAAAUCUUAACAGCACUAGGCAUUUGUCAUAGAGGUGGGAAGAGCAGGACCUUCUCAUCAGGUCACAGCGCCGGCCUGACAGGUUGCACACAUUGCUGUGACUGGCUGACCGUAGCUAGGGGUGUGUGACGUCAUCACCCAGCGCCUAAGGAGCGCCGCCUACCAGUUUCUAGUAGCAGUGAUUCCGCAAUGGAAUCAAACCGGGACGAGGCGGAGCGCUGUAUAGGGAUUGCCCUAAACGCCAUCAAAAGCCAGAACCCAGACAAGGCGCUGCGCUUCCUAGAGAAGGCACAGAAGUUGUUCCCCACGGAUAGGGCUCGAGAGCUCAUUGAAUCCCUCACGAAAAACAGCCACUCCAAUGGCACAGAACCUACAAAACCUUGUCACCGGAAGAAUGCAGCCGAAACGCCAUCUGCAAACGGGGAGGCUGGAGGGGAAACUAGCAAGAGCUUCACACAAGACCAGGUGGAAUCUGUAAAGAGGAUAAAACAAUGUAAAGACUACUAUGAAAUCUUGGGUGUAACCAGAGAAGCCACAGAAGAGGAUUUAAAGAAAUCUUACAGAAAGUUAGCAUUAAAAUUUCAUCCAGAUAAAAAUCAUGCUCCUGGUGCCACGGAAGCCUUUAAAGCAAUCGGGAACGCAUAUGCAGUGUUAAGCAACGCCGAGAAGAGGAAGCAGUACGAUCAGUUUGGAGAUCAGAAAGUCAAUGCAUCACGACAUGGACAUUCAGACUUCCACAGAGGAUUUGAGGCUGACAUCUCCCCUGAAGAUCUCUUCAAUAUGUUUUUUGGGGGAGGAUUUCCUUCUAGUAACGUGCAUGUAUACAGCAAUGGCCGAAUGCACUAUACUUACUCUCAGAGACAGAACCGACGGGAAAAUCAAGGAGAAGGAAGUCUUGGAAUGUUCGUUCAGUUGAUGCCCAUUCUGAUCCUGAUCAUCGUGUCUGCCCUAAGUCAAAUGAUGGUGUCCAAUCCGCCUUACAGCCUCAGCCACAGACUGUCUGUGGGUCACAUACACAAGAGAGUGACUGAGCACCUCAAAGUCCCGUACUUCGUGUCAGAAAGCUUUGCUGAGGAGUAUACUGGCGUUAAUCUGAGAAAUGUGGAGAGAAGUGUAGAAGAAGACUUUAUAGCCAACCUUAGGAAUAACUGCUGGAAAGAGAAGCAGCAGAAGGAAGGAUUACUAUACCGAGCUCGUUACUUUGGAGACCAGGACCUAUACCAGAGAGCACAAAGGAUGGGCACUCCCAGCUGUAACAGACUGUCAGAAGUUCAAGCCUCAAUGCAUGGCUAGUCCUUGCUUAACCCACUGAAGUAAACACAGAUUCUCAAAGUAGCUGGAAAUCAUUGGCAAUACACCUUGUACCAAGAGGACACAUGGACUUAUUUCCUGCUAGGGGGCCUGGAGCGUAUUGUUUUCCAGUGUGUUACAGACUCUUGAAAAGCAAUGUGAUUACAAAAUCAGAAAUGUCAAUGCACAAUACUCCUGACAAUCGCCACUGGUCAAUGUUGGGGCAGGAUUGAACCUCUGCCUGGCUUCUUCCCUCAAUCUCCUCUGUUUCCCCCAUAGACUUUUACCUCUCAUGUAGGAUAAUAAGUUCUGCAGCUGUUGGGGGUGAAACUGGCCUUCUCUGCACUGGAGCCCCUAAGACUUUGGCCUGAUUAUUACCCUUAAAUGUACUGGAAUCAGAAGACUUUUAGAACAAAAAAAUGAAAGAAGAAAAUCUAUUUAGAAUUAAUUUAUAGCUGUAUAUAUGUUGUACUUUUAAACAAAUAAUUAUGCAGAUGUUGGAUUAAAUCUCUUUAACCAGUGUCUGCUCUUCUAUUUAAACUGUUGUGUGAAUCUCUGUGUUGGCCAAGCGCUGAGUCUUUCCUAUUUAAUAUAACUGACUGCAUCUGACUGAGCAUAUUUAAUAAAUUUAGAGACACUU